CAAUGAAAGGCUUCUUUUUGUCCCCAGGGAGGAAGCCUAAAGAAGAAUGGCCAGCUCCAAUUCUCAACACAUGGUCUGUGGGUCAGUGACAUUUAGGGAUGUGGCUGUUGACUUCUCUGAGGAGGAGUGGGCCUUCCUGGAUGCUACUCAGAAGAUCUUAUACAGGGACAUGAUGUUGGAGACCUACAGCAACCUCGUCACAGUGGUGGGAAGCUGCAUUUCCAAGCCAGAUCUGAUCACCUUACUAGAGCAGGAGAAAGAGCCCUGGAUGGCUGUGAAGGAAGAAACAGACAGGCUGAGCCCAGAUUUGGAGGCAGAUUAUGAUGCUGAAAAUAUGUCUCCAGAAAAUCAUAGUUAUAAUAGAAAUUUAUCAAAACAGGGCAUAAAGCAAUCAAGUAAAACUUUUGACUUUAAGGGCUCCAGGUUUAGUAAUGGCCCUAACUGUAGCACAUUCAAGGAACUACAGGAUUGUCAAGGAGAUGCUGAUCAAAAGGUUACUAACAAGGAAGAAAUGCCUGCUUAUACCAGCCAGACUCUUGGUCACAACAUAGAAAAGGCAUAUGAAUGUAAAGAGUGUGGGAAAUACUUUGGUUGUAGGUCAACUCUUACUCAGCAUCAGAGUAGUCAUACUGGAGAGAAGCCCUAUGAAUGUAAGGAGUGUGGGAAGGCCUUCAGACUCCCCCAACAGCUUACAAGACAUCAGAAGUCUCACAGUGCUGAGAGACCUUUCAAGUAUAAUGAAUCUGGAAAGGCUUUUCAUCUUCCUGACCUGCUUACGAAUCGUAAAACCAUUCAUACAGGUGAAAAAACAUUUGAAUGUGAGGAGUGUGGGAAGUCCUUCAACCGUGUCUCCAACCUUGUUGCUCAUAGGAUUAUUCAUGCUGAUGUGAAGCCACACAAAUGUAAUGAGUGUGGGAAAGCCUUUAAACGUCGCUCAUACUAUAUGCAACAUCAGAAAAUUCAUUCUGGUGAGAGACCCUUCCAGUGCAAGGACUGUGGGAAGACCUUCAUUUUUCUGGCUCACCUCAAUGGGCACCAGAUGAUUCACACUGGAGAGAAGUCAUUUGCAUGUACAGAGUGUGGGAAGGCCUUCAGACUCCUCCAACAGCUUACAAGACACCAAAAGUUUCACAGUGGUGAUAAACCUUUCAAAUGUAAUGAGUGUGGGAAGGCUUUUCCUUUUCCCGACCGGCUGAAGCUUCAUAAAACCAUCCAUACAAGUACAAAACCAUUUGAAUGCAGGGAAUGUGGGAAAUCUUUCAAGUGUGUCUCCCACCUUGCUCAACAUAGGCUUAUCCAUGCUGAUGUGAAACCAUUUGAAUGUAGUGAGUGUGGGAAAGCCUUUAAUCGUCGUUCAAACCUCAUACAACAUCAGAAAAUUCAUUCUGGUGAGAAACCCUUUCAGUGCAAGGACUGUGGGAAGGCCUUCACUGUUCUGCCACAGCUCACUCGGCACCAGAGGAUUCAUACUGGAGAGAAGCCAUUUGAGUGUAAGGAGUGUGGCAAGAGAUUCUAUACCAGCCCACACCUUGUUCAGCACCAGCGUGUCCAUACAGGUGAGAAACCCUUUGAGUGUCGUGUCUGUGGGAAGGCUUUUCGGCUUCGGGCAUGCCUUUCUGAGCACCAGAAAACUCACAUUGAAGAGAAACCUUUCAAGUGUAAGCUGUGUGGGUCAGCCUUCAGAAGUAGGUACCAGCUCAGUUUACACCGACGUACGCAUCCUCACGUGAGACCCUUUCAGUGUGAGGACUGUGGAAAGGCCUACAUUCUUCUGGCACAGCUCCUUCAGCACCAGACCAUUCACACUGGCGAGAGGUCAUUUGAAUGUAGGGAAUGUGGCAAGAAAUUCCAUACCGGCUCACACCUUGUACAGCACCAGCAUUUUCAUACUGGUGAGAAACCCUUUGAAUGUAGUGUAUGUGGGAAGGCUUUUCGGUUUCAGGUAUACCUUUCUGAGCACCAGAAAACUCACAUGGAAGAGAAACCUUUCAAGUGUAAGGUCUGUGGGUCAGUCUUCAGGCAUAAGUACCAGCUCAGUGAACAUCGGCUUACUCACACCGAUGUAAGUCCCUAGGACUGCAGGAACGUGGGAUAUUAUUGCAGGUGUUAUUAGUCCAAUUUUACUGAGCAUCAGAGUAUUCACACUGGAAAGAAACCCUUCGAGUAUAAAGAAUGUGUGAAUUUCUUUAGACUUAAUAUGCUUCCUAUUUGUCAUCAGAAAUCUCACAAUGAAGAGAGAUCUUUUGAAUAUAAAGAACAUGGCAAAGCCUUUCAUCUUUCCAGCCUGCUUAAUAACCAUAGAUUUGUUGCUACAGUUAAAAGACCCUCAUGGGUCUCCCUCUGCCCGUCGUAGGCCAAAACAGUCCAUGAAGGCAAUGGGAACCAGGGAGUCGAAAGUACACAUGGUGAGUGACCACACCAGGACCAACUGUUAGGAAGCAGAUCGAUUUUACUUAGGGUGAUUCCAGGCUUAUACAGUUUUGGGGGACUGAGGGUAGUGAUAUCCAGGAUGAGCAAAGGUUGUUGGCUGAGGACUUAGGGUACCUGAAAUGCCUCAUUAGCCUGGGAAGCUUUUCAGGAAUCUCAGAUUUUAGUUGAACAGGUUUUAUCAGGAGAAAAGAAAUUGAUCCUGUAAUCUAAUUGAGGCUACCUGACAUUUCUCAGAUAGAGGUGUGCAUGGAGGUGUAGAAUUCCCCAAAAGUCAGAGGAGAAACCCUACUAAGAAAAGGAGUCUCAAAGUAUGCCAAGCCCAGAGGCUAUCCAGUCAUGGUGGGCUUCAACCUUAGUUAGCAGAGUUUUCCCACAACCCUUUAAAUGCAAAGUAUGUGGGAAGUCCUUCAAGCUCGAGUCCGACCUCAUUCAGCAUAGGGUCAUUCAUGCUGGUAUGAAAUCAUGUAAUUAAUGAGUGUGGCAAAACUUUUAUUCACUGCUUAAGCAGCACCACAAAAUUCAUUCUGGUGAGAGAUCCUUUCUGUGUAAGGACUGUGAAAAGCACAUUGUUCAUGGAACGGUCCUUCGAAUUCGUCAUAUAAUCCAUAGUGACGAGAAGCCCUUUCAGUAUGAGGAAUGAGGAAUCUUUUCACUCUCAUUACCAAUUUCUUGGACAGUUUAGAAUUCAUACUGGCAAGAAUCCUUAUGAAUGUAAAGUGUGGAAAGUACAUGUGGUAGAAACCUUAAAGUCUAUCAAGGAAUUCACACUGUCGAAGAAUCAUAACAGCUAAGAAAAAUAGAAAACUUAGUUUGACAUUCUGAAUUUAAUAUUAAUAACAAGUCUUAAGAUAUAAGGAAUGUGGAAAGGCCUUCAGUAAUCCUAAGCUAGCUGUCUAUCAGAGAAUCCUACUGUUAAGAAACUCUAUGACUUAAGUAAGGUGGCAAAAUGUUCAGAUUUAGUUCAGCCUUCAUGCACAGUAGCAAGUUCAUACUGGUAGGACACCCUAUCACUGGAAAGAAUGUUGAAAGACCUUCAAUUGCAGCUCAGGCCUUCUUCAUUAUAAUAGAAUCCAUGCUGGUGUCAAACACUAUGAAUGCCAGGAAUAUGGGAGCAUUUAUAGACUAAGCUGUUAAAGUUCAUCAGAGAGUCCAUAUAGGGCUAAACCCAGUGAUUGAGAAGGCUCGGGGGAAGCCUGUCUUGUAAAUGGUAAGCUUAUACAACAUCAGAAAAUCCAUAAUUGCCAGGAGUCCAAUGCGUGUAAAAAAGGUGGACAAGCCAUUGCAUAAAAAUUCUGUUACUUGAAAGAAUGUGAAAGCUUUAAGCUGCCGUAGGAUCUGGUCAACAUCACAGUAUUCAUAUACUCUUGGUGCCAAGAAACCCUUUGGAAUGAGAAUGUGGGAAGUCGGCUGUUCAGAGAAGAUACUCUGUUGAGAAUGUCUUUAAUGUCAGAGAUACAGGGUAUCGAUCAUCUGCUCUCGUCUUGUUAGCUGUACAAACUUAAUUCAUUAGUAGUCACCCAGGACAGUCAGCUUAGGGAGAGCAGUUAUUGCAACUACGUUUAUCCGAGAUGUCUUCGUUGUCACCAUUGACAUCACAUGGCUCUUGUGAUAGUAGACUGAAUGUUUACUUUGUUUUUACAUAAUUUGUUGAUGGGCAGCAAAGGACCAGCCACAGUUGUGGUAAGAGGAUUACAAUUGAUGACAAAAUCCCUGAGGUAUUCGUUCAAUGCCGAUGUUCUAUAAAAUAGAUUUUUAAGUUUUUCUUGCCUUUAUCGGCAUUAGUAUAACUGAGAGUGAAAGGCUAAUUGUACUUUAGAGAGUUUAGGAACGCCUCAUGCUUCCUCCCACUAUUAAAGUUCAAAUAACUUCAUUCCAGAUACAUCUAAUGGAUGGACAGGAACAUGGAAGGGUUUGAAUUGUGAGUCCAUUCUUUAUGUGUAUUUAUGCGGAGACUUUUAAAAACCUGUUCUAAGUGUGAAAUUUAUUAAAAUUCCAAAAGGUAGCACCCUAUUAUUUAUGCCCUCUGCUCACACAUGGAGAUGAACUGUACAUCUGUGAUAUCACACAUCUGUGAUAGGAGAAGAACGGCCACAGGGUCCGCCACCUUUAUUCUUGCUGA